AUGGAUAAGGUCACAAUUAACUACCUUCCAAUGGUUAACCCAGAAUUCAACAACACACCAGCUGUUCUUAGACUUACACUUCAUUUAACACAAAACACACAACCAUACAAGGGUGAAAUUGUCCCAUCAGUUCUUAAGCAAGCUGAAGUUAACGAUAUUAACUUCAAACUUGAGCUCUCAUCUGAUGAUGACAACAUGAUCAACUCUCCACUUAUUUAA